ACGCCAGCCAGUCCGUAACGACGCGCGAGUCGACCGCACGCUAGCGCGCGAUUAAAAAACAAAAUUAAAAAUACAACCCCAGCCAUGUUGUUUGUUGUAUCUGUUGCGGUCUUGCUGGCCAGUGCUCAAGCCAAAUUUUACUCGGAUUGUGGAUCGACGUUGGGGUCCGUGGCGAAUGUUGGCGUGAGCGGGUGCGAAGACUCGGCGAAGGAGUGCGUCCUCAAACGAAACACCAACGCCACCAUCUCUAUAGAUUUCACACCUUCGGUAGCAGCGAAAGAGAUAACCACAGAAGUUCACGGGGUCAUCAUGAACCUUCCCGUGCCGUUCCCACUGCCUCAGCCCGACGCCUGCAAGGGCAGCGGACUGAUCUGCCCACUCAAGGCCGGUGAACUGGCCAAGUACGUGACGUCACUGCCAGUCCUCAAGUCAUACCCGAAGGUCAAGGUCGACGUCAAGUGGGAGCUCAAGACGGACAGCGGAGACCUGGUCUGCAUCAUGAUUCCCGCCAAGAUCAAUUAAAUACGAUAAAACGUCUUAAGCAUGUGCCAGACGGCAGACAACCACAGUUUCUGCAAGAUGACCUUGGUAGAAAAACAGUGGUUUUAAGCCAUGUAGCAAGUGGUUGAAACCAAAUUCUGCAUGACCUUUAAACGCCCUUGGUAGACAGGCGUGCUCUGCCAACCAUUGGCAGAAGCAGUGGUUGUAAA